AUGGAUUCAUCUCGUUCUGGACGCAAUACAAUCAGAGUUUCACGUAAGCUUAGAACAUCUUCAGCUAAGAACAAUCAGCCAAAGCAAAAAAAGUUAAUAAAACCAGCUGAAAUUCAUGAGUUACGAUUCAAUACUCAGAAAGUUCUUCAGCAAAAUAGAUUACUGAAAGCGCAAUUGAAUAGACUUAAAGAUCGCAUUAACACUACAACUAAAAAUAUCAAUAAAACAGUAUCAAAUACUCGAGAUGUUCAAUAUGAUCAUACUAACGAGAAUAUAUGCAGACAGUUAAAUGAUAGCAUCAUUAUUGCUCAGCACACUAUUGAUCAACUCGAUGCAGAAAUACAAGAAAAGCAGAAUGAUGAUAGAAUCGCGUUAGUUGAAGAGCUUGAAACAGAAUUGAAGGUUGCAUAUGGCGAAUACAUGAGAUUAUAUGAGAAGACACAUCAAGGAAAUACAUCAAAUGCUGAUCUCGUCAAAAGAUUAAAUGCAGCAAGCCAGAGAUGCUCAAAGAGAAAUGCUCAUGAACUUGAUAUUGCUAUCAUUGAUACAAAGGAAGCUAACAAGAUGCUUCAGGAUAAAGUUGACGCUUAUAAUAAGAGAGCAGAGAAGGUUAAGAUAGAAAGAGUCAUCAACGAGAGGCAAGAGAAAGGUAUGAGCCACAAAUACGCGUUAAUAUCAAUUGAUGAUACAAAAGCUAACAGAACUCAGAAAUAUAAUUCAAUUGUUACUUCUCUUAAUGAAGAGAUGGAUCAGUAUAAUGCAAACGUAGAUAAAUUAAUUGAUCUUAUUGGUAAAAAGCGAAAUACAAUCAAGGAAUACAUUAGAAAGAAGAUGAACAAUGAACUUGACAAUGAAGAAGAAGAAGAUGUAGAAGGUAGAGAAGAAGAAGAGGAAUUCGAAGAAGCUCAAGAGGAUGAAGGUGUUUUUGAGGAAGAAGAAGAAAAAUAA